AUGUAUAAGAAGGUGAGUUACAAAAUUGAAGACGAAAAUGAAGAAAACCAACGAGGAGGAGAAACUGACGCCGAGGAAGGAAAACAAGGAGAGAAUAGGGAGUAUGUGAAGAAGGUGAAGGGGCGAAAUAAAUUGAUACAAAAAAGGAGGAGAAAGAAGCCCGAAGGACUGAGCGGGCGCAAUGUGGCGCGAGAGGCAAAAGGCCGCAGAGCGACAAAACUUUUUUGGUCUACAUCCAGCCAAUCCGUCCCCCAGAGUAAAGUUCCACUCAAGCCAAUCCCAGCAGACAAAACAUUUUUUGGUCCACUUCCAUCCGCUCCGACCCACAGUGCGUCGUGGCCGCGCCGGGGCGGGCCGGGGCAGAGCAGACGCCGCGAGCGACGCGGGGCUGGGGCGUCCAGGAAACGGCGACGCUCGCCGCCAGCGCCUCUUCGGAGCCUCUCCUCUCCUCGCCACGCACCGCACCGCGCCGCGCCGCGCGCCGCCGGCCAGGCCAGGCCGGUCAGUGCGACCUACGACGCCAUGCAGACAGUUGCGCGCUCCGCCAUGCUGCUCACCCUGCUGGCGCUGUUGGCGCGCCUGCACGCGCAGAAGGCCGACCGCCACCCGGCCAACCUCUACUCCGUGUGUUCGGUGUACAGCAGCGCAGUGUUUCGCUACGAAAAAGAUCGCAGAAACCCAGCGCUGGUGAGAAAGUGUGAUCAGUGUGUGAUGAAGAAAGUGCCCUUCAUCAUAGGGGGCUCAAAUGCCAGCGUUCACGAGUUUCCUCACAUGGCGCUCUUGGGCUACGGAAACAAAGUACAAGGCGCGCCGAAGUGGGUGCGUCUGGGCGAGCUGGAUCUGACGACGGCCGAGGAGAGCCAGCACGAGGACUUCGGCGUGGCGGAAUCCAUCCCGCACCCGGACUACAAGGACGGCAUCCACUACAACGACAUCGCCCUGCUCCGGCUCGACCGCAAGGUCAUCUUCACGGCCGCCAUCCGGCCCGCCUGCAUCCACACGCUGCCCGAGAUCGCCGACCCCUUGGGCAUCGCCAGCGGUUGGGGGUUGAUCCACUGGGCGGAUCCAGAUAAUAGCGAAUUCCUUAUGAAACUUAACCUGCAUCUUUACAAGACGGACAUUUGUAGUUACGCCUACAAAACUGCGGCAACGACAUUCCGGCUGAGGAACGGCAUCGUAGAAGAGUCGAUGGUGUGUGCUGGAUCGCCGGAAGGAGGCAAAGACACGUGCAGGGGCGACUCGGGCGGGCCGCUGCAGGUGAAGCUGAGCAACCCGUACUGCAUGUACAGCGUGAUCGGCAUCACGUCCUUCGGCAAGGGCGCCUGUGGGACCACUCUGUCCCCGUCCGUGUACACGCGCGUGUCGUAUUUCGUGCCGUGGCUGGAGGACAUCGUGUGGCCAGAUGACGUCACCCCGGAGGUUAGACGCCAGUUCUAGGAUUAUUAGUGGUUCGUACCAGGCUGCAGUUGGUGUCAAGACUCUAGUUGCUAGCUGGUUCCUGUGGAAGAACCAGGGAACUCUACUGAGAGAUCUCGGAAUAACAUUACAAACUUUUGAGGGAAACUUUGUAGAUGGGUCAAAAAUGAUCACGUACUGCCAAUGAAUAUAUGGCGGGAAAUUUCUCGUGAUGGAGUUACACUGUCAAUUGCUCCUGAGUGUUGGGCAGUUCUACAUGUGCGUAUGUUUGGCAGGCUCAUGAAAUCGCCUUGAAAGCGUCAGAAUGAGACCUGCCGAACAUGCAUGCAUAAGACGUUGCUUAGCAACCAAGAAUAAAUGGCCCAUGUGUAACACCGUUUAAAGAAAUGCAUACUACAAGAUAAUAUGCAAAAUAUUUAUGCACCAAGGGCGUAAAAGGGGUUCUAACGAUAGAGCGGCGACAAAAAUCUUCGGGCCAAAGGUCCUCGGACUUUUUGUUGCCCGAGAUCAUUAGAACUAGUUAACGUCUGUGUUAUAUAUAAGAUUUUAUUUUUUACUUAAAUUUGAAUGAUUCAGAUUUUAUUUAUUAAUUAACUAGAUCUUAACUUGACUCGGUUUGUCUUUUCAUAUUUCCCUCCUAUAAUUCCCUUCAUCAGAGAACAUGUAGCCUUAUUGCUAUUCUUUGAUCGCUUCAUUCAUCCAUUUAAUCACUCUUGUUCUUCAACGAAUCAUCUCCCGCAUCUAUUAAUCAUGUCUUCGGAAAAAACUGCUUAUAAAGUACGGCGACAGGUUGUUGCACUACGAGAUUUGUCAGUUCUGGCGCCUUCUGCAGGCAAGAAGCAAUCAUACUUAAUUCACAGGUCCUUAAUCCCUGUGGAAAGCAGCUGGAGAGCUUAUACGUUCUUGCCAUCGAAAACACAUCAUUUCGUUUCCUUGGAUGACGAAGCUACUACGUAGUUUUCUCCGUCAAUCCCUCAUUGCAUUUCCAACCAAUCAUUUUACACAUCUGUUAGAUCUUACUAUCUCUGAGCGACUCAGCACCAAAGUAUAGGGACAAAUCAAUUGUUAAUGAACAGAUGUACUCAAUAUACCGAAAAAUAUUGGGAGAAAGCCCCUCUCCCGUCUGCUCUGAUGAUGACCCCCUUCCCAUGUUAUUAUAGAGUUGUACGGCGACAUAUUUACUCCAUCCCUUGUGCAACUAUUCCCAAGACAUCAGAAUAUGUACGAAAGCAACACGAGCUAAUAUCAAUCAUCAAGACUUUCAAAUAUCUGCUACAGAACUAUCCAACCAUCCAUACCUCCUUGGACAAUACUGAAAAUAUUGUCUGUCAUCUCGAAAUAAUCAACAGCCUAAACGAUAGAGAAGUAAAUGUUGAGAAAUUCAUAGUUUGGAUAUGUUUUCUGUAAAAAAGAGGGGAAUGGAUAAGCUUAGUUUUCGAU